UAGUAAUUACAAGUAAACCUUGAAUCUUUCUGGUCGAUUAGUUUCUGCAUCAUUAGUUCGAUUUAUUUUUGUUUACAACUUUAUGCACAACAGUGAACCAAGAUCAAGGUGACACAAUUACAUUAAAGUUGUAAGUUGUAGGUCCGAGGCUCAGUACGACGCCGAACUGGCUCCGGCUCGCGCGCUUUCUCGUUUUAACAGUUUGACAUCAAUAAAAACGGCGAUAUAAACAACAGAAAGAAUAGAAAUACAGUUUAUUCAAAAUGGAAAAUUCAAUCAAUAACAACUUCCCGAUAGAAAUAAAAGAUGUUGAAUCAAAAACAGCUGAAGAAUUAAUGAAAUUUUUCACUGGAGAACACACAGGCUUCGUCCGCGUGGGCCCUAAGGGCUACUUCCUGCCGCAUAAGUACAGACAAGAAGCCUCCAACAUCUACAACAUGGAAGUCAGACUGAGUGAUAUUUUUGUAACAAGUUAUCCAAGAUCCGGAACAACUUGGACUCAAGAACUGGUUUGGAUGGUUGCAAAUGACCUGGACUACGAAACCUCUAACGCAAUACCUCUCACUGAACGAUACCCAUUUUUGGAGUUUUCAGUGUUCGUGCACCCUGUGAUGAUGAAACGUUUCCACGACGAGAACAGUGACAGCGAGCGAAAAAUAAAACUUUUAGAGUGGGUGACACAACCGGCGACUGAGCAACUCGCCCUUAUGACCAAACAGCGUUUUAUAAAGUCACAUUUACCACUUUCCUUACUACCGCCGGAUCUCUUGGAUACGGCUAAAGUUGUCUACGUCGCCCGCGAUCCCAGAGAUGUCGCUGUCUCUUUCUAUCAUCUCAACCGAGCAAUGCGCACUCAGGGAUACAUUGACGACUUUAAGAAGUACUGGAAAUUCUUCAUUAGCGAUUUACAUCACUGGACGCCAUACUUUGAACAUCUGAAAGAAUCCUGGGAGAGGCGAGAUCAUCCUAACUUGUUGUUCCUGUUUUACGAAGAACUUUCUAAGGAUCUGCCAAAGGCGGUACGUAGAGUUGCCGACUUCCUGGGCAAGUCGUUUACAAACGAAGAGAUCGCCAAACUGUGCGAACAUCUCAGCAUUGAUAACUUCAAGAAUAACAAAUCUGUCAACUAUGAUGUGAUGAAAGAACUAGGAAUUUUAAUAUCGGACGGACAAUCCUUCAUCAGGAAAGGGAAAGCCGGUGGCUGGCGAGAUUACUUUGACGAAGAAAUGGAACAAGAAGCUGACAAAUGGAUGGAAAAAAAUCUACGCGAUACUGACUUACGUUUCCCACACUUAAAAUGAUAAUAUAAGUAAAAAAUCCACAGCAUGUAAAAAUCAAUCUUAAUUUAAAUAUUUUACUACAUAGUAUUACUUAUUUUGUUUAAUCUGUAUGUUACUGAACUGUAAUGGAUGGAUUUUAAAUGUAAUUUUACUUAAUAGAUCUACAUUUCUUUGCAAAAUAAAAAGUGAAAUGAAAGACAAAAAGGUGAUAUAACCAUUUAUUAGAAUAAAUUGUUGUAUGUCCGUUUGCAACACCAUGAUAGUAAAGUUUACAUUGACAUAAGUAAAAAUAGCGACAUAAAAAACA